AGUAAAAAGUUAAACAAAAAAACACAGUUCUAAAGAGACAACUCCACUUCAACACAUAUUCUCUUUCUCCUCAAUUUUGAUUUUUGAUCCAAAAUCAAUCCGCUAACUUACCCUCUUCAAACCCCACUAAAUCACAAACAAAAAAUUACAUAAAGAUCCAAUCUUUAUUCAUCAUUUCAAGUUUUGUUUGUCUACACUGCAACAGCACAGAUGGGUUCUGUUCAUCCAGUUGUUGCAACAAAACCCUCCACUUUCCUCAAAAGAAUCAAAACCCCAUAAAAAAAGACCUCAAAUUCACUUCAAAAACCAUGUACUUGUCUGAAAAACCAACACCAAUAGACUUCUACAAACAAGAAUCAUCAGCAGCAGCAGCAGCAACCAGAGACAACAUGAUAAUUGAAGUAGUUUCAUCCAAUGGAGAGUUACAACACCACCACCAAAUUCAUAACCAGAAUCAGCAGACUCAGAUGAUACUUGGGGACAGCAGUGGGGAAGACACACAUGAAGUGAAGGCUCCAAAGAAGAGAGCUGAAACUUGGGUGCAAGAUGAGACAAGGAAUUUGAUUGGUUUAAGGAGAGAAAUGGAUGGUUUGUUCAACACUUCGAAGUCGAAUAAGCAUCUGUGGGAGAGUAUUUCUUGUAAAAUGAGGGAGAAAGGGUUUGAUAGAUCUCCCACUAUGUGUACUGAUAAGUGGAGGAAUUUGUUGAAGGAGUUUAAGAAAGCUAGGCAUCAUGAUAAAGGUGGAAGUGGGUCUGCUAAAAUGUCUUAUUAUAAGGAGAUUGAUGAGAUUUUGAGAGAUAGGAGUAAGAGUUCUCAGUAUAAGAGUCCUGCUCCUGCUUCUAAAGUUGAUUCCUUUAUGCAGUUUGCUGAAAAAGGCUUUGAUGAUACUAGUAUAUCUUUUGGACCUGUGGAAGCCAGUGGCAGGCCAAUUCUCAACCUAGAAAGACGUCUAGACCACGAUGGACAUCCUCUUGCCAUUACUGCAGCUGAUGCAGUUGCAGCAAGCGGAGUUCCUCCUUGGAAUUGGAGGGAAACCCCUGGAAGUGGUGUUGAGGGUCAGUCGUUUGGUGGGAGAGUGAUAACAGUAAAGUAUGGAGACUAUACACGAAGAAUUGGUAUCGAUGGCACUGCAGAAGCCAUCAGGGAAGCAAUAAAAUCAGCUUUCAGAUUACGGACUAGACGUGCAUUCUGGUUGGAAGAUGAAGACCAGAUAAUCCGUAGUCUUGACCGGGACAUGCCUUUGGGGAAUUACACUCUUCACCUCGAUGAAGGAUUAGCUAUCAAAGUAUGUGUAUAUGAUGAGUCGGACCACAUACCAGUACAUACAGAGGAAAAAGUUUUCUACACAGAAGAUGACUACCGUGAUUUUCUGACUCGCCGAGCUUGGACUUGCUUAAGGGAGUUUGAUGGGUAUAGAAACAUCGAUAGCAUGGAUGAUCUUCGACCAGGUGCUAUAUACCGCGGUGGGACUUGAAUGGUACCGCACAGACUAUAUUGACAUUUUCAUUGCCUCUGGUUCUCCUCCAAAAGGGAAUGAUAUUUAUGGUUCAUCAUUCAAAUGGCACAUAAUUUGGAAUGAUAUUAUCACACAAGUGUAUAUAGGAUGGUGUAAUAUGUGGAAUGAUAGAAAUGAACUACAACUUUCACUGCUUAAA